AUCCAAUUAUAUACGAGUGCAUUACAAGGAAAAUUAAUGAUAUGUCUAGUACAUUUCGCAAUAUAAGAAAACUAAAGGGAAGUUCAUGCAAUUAACUCAAGAUUUUUUUUCCCGCCACUAGUUUUUACGUGAAGAUGAAACCAUACCAAGAAAUUCAACACAGCAAACACAGAUAAGCCUACUUAAUUGAACAUUCUGUGAUCCUUCAUCAUCCGAAAAAGCCUGUAACAACAAGUUGACUUUAAUAAUGCCAUGGUUAUUUCCAAAUUAAGAAUCUAUUGCCCCCAAACAACAUCAAGCAUAUCAUUCUCGUACAAACGAACUCCACAAUAAAUUCCCAAAUCAUUUUCAAAGAAAGCUGAGAAAAGAAACACGGACAACACUGAACAGAGAUGGGAAAUCCGGCAGGUUCUCAACAACCUCCUCAAUCCCCCAUGGCUGUUUCAGGAACCACUGCUUUUCAUCAACAACAAUCUUCAACAUCAAUCACUCAUUUCAGCCAUCCACAUCCUUUGUUUCUCUCCCAACAAGGGUUCAACACUCAUUGCUCAGGCUGCAAACAGAAUGAUGCCUCGUCCGGAAUCAUUUACACUUGCGCUUCUUGCAACUACUCCCUCCACCAGAAAUGCUCCCAAAUGCCACAAACAAUCACGCACCCGUUCGAUAAAAACAACCAUGCCCUUUCUCUGCUGACAACGCCGGCGUACCCGAACGGUUCUUUCACCUGUGAUGCCUGUGGAGAACUGGGCUUUGGUUUCAACUACCACUGUCAACCGUGUGGGAUUGAUCUCCAUAUCCUCUGUGCUUCAUCACCAAUGGUGAUCACUCACCCAUCACACCAACACCAACUCAGCCUCACCUUCUCACCUCCAUAUCCAAUGGGAACAUUCACUUGUAACAUUUGCCAUUUGGGUGGUUCCAAAAACUGGCUCUACCGAUGCCACAUGUGUAAUUUCGACAUACACCUUACGUGCGUGAAAAAGCCGGCAACAGGGCACCCUCCUCUGGCCCAUCAGCAAUCUCUUCCAAAUUAUCCUACACAAAAUCCUCCUCCUAUAACCCAUCAGCUAUCUCUUCCAAAUCAACAAUUUCACCGUCCCGCAAACACCUUCGCCGGAGCCCCGGGUCCAUUCGGUCCUUCUCCGGCAGCGGCUACAGGGGGAUUCCAACAAUUUCACCCGGGCCCUCAACCUGUGUCAGGAAUUGCAGUUUCUCCGGCAAACCCUUACGCCGCCGCCGGCCCUUAUGCCUGCCCACCCGGUCCAAACCUGAUGUACCAGAGCGGUUAUAAUUACGGACCAGCAUCGGGUACGGGUAUUAUGCAUCCUAAUUACAUGCAGCAGCAAAACGGGAUGGGAAGCCAGCUUGCUAACAGUGUGGCUAAUGGCUUAGCUAGUGGUAUUGGUCAAGCGAUUGGGACAGAAGCGAUACAGGCAAUGUUCGGUGGCGGCGGCGGUGGCGGUGGUGGCGGCGGAGGCGGCGGCAACGGUGGCGGAGGGAAUGAUAUGAGCUGUUACUAUCAAGGGGGUGAUGUUUAUCCGGUGGAUCAAGGUCAGUAUUUUGAUGGAUCUGCCGGAGACUAUGCCGGAGGAGCAGAUGGUUCUUACUGAGUGAUCACCUUUUGCAAUUUUAUGUAUGUUUGUCGUUGUUCGUUUGUUUAACUGUAAAUUUCGCAGGUUUUUCCGGUUUCAAAACAAAUUUAUUUUUCUGUUGGUGACUCCAUCAUCAAAUUCAAUUGUAUUUUUUUGUUUUCUUUUUCACCCUUUUGAAAUUUAAAAUUGCAAAUUCGGUUAAAUUCUCUCGUUUCAAAUGAUCAUUUUCUAUUUUUUUUGGUUACAGUUUUCUCCUUAAUUUGUCUUUGGGCGGUAAUCAAAGAAAAAUGUGCCCAUCCUAGAACAAGUCUUGUUUCUUUGAUUACGACUAACAUUCUCAUCUUGUAAUGAGAUGAGUAUUUUAUUUUGUCAAUAACAUCACCCCU